AUUAACCCAUCAAUCAUCGGUUUAUGAGAUAUCGAACCCAAAAAACCCAACCCGGUCCAUUUUCAAUUUCCCAAUCGGAAGAACAAAGAGAGAAACAGAACAAAAGCUGAAAGCUUCUAUUGUAGUAGCUUUGCAACAAACCAUUUUCGAAAGAAUGAUAUAAAAAUCACAAAGAUUUGUACCAAUUCAGAGGGUUUGCAAAUUUUGAAUCCAUGGCACGAACACGCAAUUUAGUUGUUGCUGCUGGUUUAGUUGCUUUUGCUUCUGCUGGAAUGGCUUUUCCAUUCUAUAUGGCUUCAUCGAAGAAACCGGUUAUCGAUCCAACAAAGCCACUUUCACCACAAGCUACUUUUCGAGGACCUUAUAUUAACACCGGUUCACGCGAUAUUGGUCCCGAUCAUCAUACUUAUCAAAAGAAGUGAACAAUUUUCAGAAUCUAUUUGGCCCCAAUUCAGAUUAAGUUCAUGUUAUGUGAUUAGUGUAAUUUGUUUCAAUGGGGAAUUUGUUUUCUAUCUUCAAUUGUUUUUGUAAAAUUACUUUCAUAAUAUAGUGUCAUUUUGAAA